AUGAAGUUGACGUAUACCUGGUUAAUGUAUUCAUUUUUAUGUUUUGGAUCCAGAAUUUUGUGUGAUAGAACAUAUGACGUAUCUUGUUCAAUAAAUGCCGAAGAUAAGUUUAAAUGUCCAAAUGGAAUAUGCAUCGAAUCGUCGAAAGUUUGUGAUGGCCGUAAGGAUUGUUCAGAUGGUACAGACGAGACCAAAGAGUCGUGUGAUCGAUACGAGUAUGAAAUCGAUAUCACCAUGGAUUGCGGUAGAGUAAAUGCAAAAAGCCAAGGAAUAAUCGGACAAGGUAUGAGUAAAGCAACAGUUGAAACAACACCUUGGUACGUUGGAAUAUAUGGAUUAAAUAAAACAGAUUUCUAUUAUAACUUGAUAUGUGGAGGAUCAAUUAUUGCACCAAAUUUAGUCAUUUCGGCGGCUCAUUGUUUUGGACAAUAUGAUACGAUGAGAUCUAAAAAAAUAUCAAUAAACGAUGGUAUAAUUAAAGUUUCUGUUGGAAAAUAUGAUAGAAAUUUUACUGUUAUUGACAACAACUUUACUCAAAUAAUAAAUGUCAAAACGAUUUACCAUUACGAUGGUUAUUGGGGAAUGAUUAACAAACAUGCUAAUGAUAUAGCUGUCAUUGUGUUAGCAAACAAAGUGUCGUUUAGUAAUGGCGUUACACCUGUUUGCGUCGAUUGGAAACGUGAAUACAAUGUAGUAAACGGAGAUCAAGGAAAGAUUGUUGUUUGGGGAGAAAUGAAAAAUGGCAUACAAAGUGCGUUAUUAGAACAAUUUUUACCUUACAUCAACACUAGUUCUUGUCGAGAAAUGUAUUUGUAUAGCGGAUUUGAUGUAAAUGUGACUUAUGAUAAGUUUUGUGCUGGUUCUAAAUUAGUUUCAGGACAAGGAGAAAGUGUUGAAGAUAGUGGAGCGGGAAUAACAUUUUUACACUCGAAUUCUUAUUUUUUAUCCGGAAUUUUAAGUAUCAAGGAUACUGUAAAAAACAGUUCAAUAUUAGGUUUUACAGACAUUAAUGAACAUCUUCAAUGGAUUCGUGGCCUGUUUAAUUUCAAUCAUGUCACAGGUAGUCCUUGCGUUUUACCAACAGUCGAAGGAGUUGUAUAUUCUUAUGAAGGUGCUAAUAACAUUUUAUCACACGGGACAUUAAUUAAAUAUCUUAUUACUGUUAUUGAAAACUGUGAAGUUGGAUACCAUCAGGCCUAUCCCAAUAGUUUUAGAGUUUGUCAGGGAAAUGGAAAAUGGUUAUCAAAUUCUGACAAAUUGUGUCUUAAAAUGUGUCCACCUUUAGAAUCAGAUAGUUUAGAUAUUAAAUGUAGUCAUAAUGGAAAUUAUGGAAAUUGUUCAAAUUUAUCGAUACCUGAUACAAUAGCAGCACCAUCGUGUAAGCCAAGAUAUACUGCUCCAAUUGGACAAGAUGAUACUAAACUUGAAUUACUUUGUCAGUCUGAUGGAACGUGGAAUAAACAAUUGUAUAGAUGCAAUCCAUAUUGCGGUAGAGUAUAUACCCUAAACCAAGUAUUGAUCAGCAAUGGAGAAAAAACACUUUUUGGGACGGCACCUUGGAAUGUUGGAAUAUAUAGAUUAAAUAAAAUAAAUUCUAAUUAUGACUUUAUUUGUGGAGGAUCAAUCAUUUCUCCGAAUUUAGUGGUUUCUGCUGCUCAUUGUUUUUGGCGAAAAGGUAUGAUUUUUAAUAGAAUAUCAGUAAACGAUGGUCUAUACACAAUUGCUGUUGGAAAAUAUUAUAGAGACUUUACAGUAAUUGACAAUGACUUUACUAAAAUUAUUGAUGUGGAAAUGAUUUACCUGAAAGAAGGUUAUUAUGGACCAAUUGGGUUUCAUGCUGAAGAUAUAGCUAUUAUUGUGUUACAAAAGAGAGUUUCAUUUAAUAAUGGUGUUGCACCUGUUUGUAUCGAUUGGAAUGGUAGAUACAAUGUAUCCAAUGGAGAUCAAGGAAAGAUCGUUGGUUGGGGAAGAACAGAAAAAGGCAUUCUAAGUCCUAUUUUGUUAGAAGCAUCUUUACCAUUCAUCGACCAUAGAUCUUGUAGAGAUAUGUAUACAAACGGGUUUGAAUCAUUUGUGACUGUUGAUAAAUUUUGUGCCGGUUCAGCAUUGGGACAAGGGGUGAAUAAGGGAGAUAGUGGUGCAGGUUUAUGCUUUGUACACUCUAAUUCUUAUUAUUUAACCGGGAUAGUCAGUAUUAAGGAUCCAAAUACAAAUAAUUCAAUCGCUGUUUUUACAGAAGUAAAGCAUCACAUUCAAUGGAUUCGUGGACUAUUCAACAAAUACGAUGGUCUGGCCAAAAUUAAUUCAUGCGUUUUACCAACUGUCGAAGGAGUUGUAUAUUCUUAUGAAGAUUCUAAUGAAACUUUGUCUCACGGGACAUUAAUUAAUCAUCGUCUAACUGUUAUUGAGAAAUGUGAAGUUGGAUAUCACAAGGCCUAUCCUUAUGGUCUUAGGUUUUGUCAUGAAAAUGGAAAAUGGUUAUCAAAUUCUGAUAAAUUAUGUUUGAAAAUGUGUCCACCUCUACUAUCAGAUACUUUAGAUAUUAAAUGUACUCUUUAUGAUAAGUAUGCUGAUUGUUCAAAUUCAUCAAUGCCAGAUACAAUAGCAACACCAUCAUGUAAGCCAACAUAUACUUCACCAAAUGAAGACGAAGAGUUAUAUUGUCAAUCAAAUGGAACGUGGAAUAAACCACUAUUUAGAUGCAAUCCAUAUUGUGGUAAAGUAUAUGUUGGAAAUAAAAUAUUGAUCGAUAAUGGUAAGAAAGCACUCGUUGGAACAGCACCUUGGAAUGUAGGAAUAUAUCAAUUAAAUAAAGAAAAUUUUAAUUAUGACUUGAUUUGUGGAGGUUCAAUAAUUGCUCCAAAUUUAGUCGUUUCUGCGGCUCAUUGUUUUUGGCAAAAAGGUAUACCUAAUAGAAUAUCAGUGAAUCUUGGUCUAUACAGAAUUGCUGUUGGAAAAUAUGCUAGAGAUUUGAAUGUAAUUGACAAUGACUUUACUCAAAUACUGAAUGUAGAAAUCAUCUACCUAAAUGAAGGUUAUUUUGGACCUAAUGGCUUCCAUGCUAAUGAUAUAGCUAUUAUUGUGUUAUCAAACCGAGUGUCUAUUAGUAAUGGUGUCUCACCUGUUUGUGUCGACUGGAAUAGUAAAUAUACUAUACCAAAUGGAGCUCAAGGAAAGAUUGUUUGUUGGGGAAAAACCGAAAAGGGCUUAUCAAGUCCCAUUUUAUUAGAAGCAUCUUUACCAUACAUCAACCACGAUUCUUGUCGAAGUUUGUAUACAAACGGAUUUGAAAUAUUUGUGACUGUUGAUAAGUUUUGUGCUGGUUCUGCAUUGGGACAAGAAGUUUGUGAAGGCGAUAGUGGUGCAGGCUUAACCUUUUUACACACUAGUUCUUAUUAUUUAACCGGAGUAGUGAGUGUGAAAGAUCCAAACACAAAUAAUUCAAUUGCAGUUUUUACAGAUGUUAAACACCAUAUUCAAUGGAUUCGUGAACUGUAUAAAAAACAUACUUCUUAUGCAUAA